AUGGCGGCUUUCGUGUGGGCUAGAAGACUUAAUCAAUCUUCUUUCUUAGGGUGUUUUCUGUCUAAUCUCUCCUUUGUAUCCGAAAGCCGUAGUUUGUUUAGGUUAGGUCUGUACGCUGGAGAUCUCAAAGGUAGAAAGCAGGGGCUUCUUAGACGAGAUUUUUCAACUGAAGAGGUAAGUAUAAAUUUUCGGUACCAUGUCACAUUGAACAGUACCAUAGCUGGCAUGUGAAACUACCUGAUUAUAUUGAUCUCCCAAGAGAUCACUUUCCCAUAUACGGGAUGGAUUAUUUGACCAAUCAACAGCAAUCCCCUGUCCCUCAAACAGCAAUGGCGUUUUUCAGGUUUCCCUUUUCCGUGUCCAACAAAGGAAAUAGAAAAUGUCUGCAUGCAGGUUCGUGGGGGGGAGGUUAGUAACGGAUAUUGAAAUUAAAUAUUUGUGUGUCCUCCUACUCCAAUUCCAAUCGAUAGAAUGGCUCAUUUCUUAAUAAUUUUUCAUUUCUUAGUAAUUAUUACUAUCCCAAGUAGUGCUUUAUAAUUUUGUCCCUACAUCAGAUCUUCUUAAUCAAAAACAAAAUUUUGGGACAGGGAUUUGCUCUAGGAGACACCUAUGGUGACCUAUAG